AGUUUUCAUUUCUCAUGAUGUACCUUAUUUCACAUUGCUGAAUGUUUUGAUGGAUUGGAUCUCAACGAUUCAUUUAUCUUGAACCGUUCAAAAAUACCUCCGUGAUCUUGAACGCACCCCUUGUCAGACAAAAAUAAUUCCGAUCGGCAAUGAGUGCAAAUGUUUUCCGCAGCGAUACACGGCCACUAACACACACCAACGUUCUUUUUUUUCUGGAUGAUAAAGGUCGAUUUGUCAGAUAAUAGGUUGAUAACGCUAAUCGAGAUAUGGCAGCAGUCAGCUUCUCCGAGGCGCUCUGUCAGCCGUGCGUUUAUCACGAGAAAUUCAAAGCUAUCUGUUCUGAUCUAAACGUUGCAACCCUCUUGGGGGGGAACCUUAUGUGCUGAAACCCCUGUGGUCAGUUGAGCUGAAUGUAAAGAGACCCCUGAUGCCUGUCCACCUGAGUCCAGAGCAGGUGGGGCUGGAGAUGCUGUAUCUCUGUGGACAACUGGACCUUCUCAUCAGGGCACAGGUACACCAGUUCCAGGAGCAGCUGAGACCCAACUGUAGCCCUGAGGAGUCGGACACUUUCCAGGAGCAAGGAGCAGAGAUUAUUGAUCAGAUGCUCCAAUGCUUAGAACACCUGCCAAGACCUAUGCCGCACCUGGAGGACUAUCUUGACAUGGUGGGUCUGUCGACCAUGUACCCUCGCGUGGAGGUGUUCCUCAUCCAGGGCAGUCCAGUAGACAUGCUGGAGAAACCCCCAAUGGAUGAAUACUUCUCACACAUCGGGAGGCUCAAUCAGCUACUAGUACUUAGUCAGCAGCUAGAGGAGGAUGUAAAACAUCUCGGGAGCCACAAAUACAUCGCCCACCAGCUGUCAGUUAUAUAUCAAGUGCUCAGCUCAUUCCGAGGUAUCCAGCCACUGUCGGUCCUGAAGAAAGAGAUUGAGGCCAACUUCAGACAGAUGAAGACAUCUUUGCUGACAGAGGAGGGCUCCAGGCAGGAGCCUCAGCUCCCAGCACACUACAUCAGCUGGAUAUUGGAGCUGACUCUUAGUAUAACGUCAACAGUCUCCUCGCUACCAGAGGAACUCACUGAAGACCUGAGUCCAGCCAUGACCUUUGUGUCCCAGCUAUGACAUCACACCUGACAUUGGGCCCGUGUUACAUAUUACCAACCCGUGGAGCUGAGGGUCAACAACAUUUGAUUUUUUAUUAAUGUCCGACAGACCAACCCGGUGAUUCAAGAAUGAUGCUUUGACAUGUCACUGUCAUUUUAUUGAAUAGGGUCCUGAGCUCUCAUUGGUUAAGUGGAUGAAUGUUAAUGAAUGUGUUAUAAAUGUGUUAGGCCAAAUGUCUAAAAAGAGGUGCUAAAUAAUGUUACUGUAUGAAAUUGCAUUUGAACAAAUUGUUUACAUUGGCCAAUAAAUUAAAUUGAGAGAUAAGCCUAUAGACUGAAAAUCUUCUGAAUUUCAAUAACAGAGAUUGACCACGAGUCAUAGAUUUGAAAGAGAACAGGCUAAUCGGGCAAAAUGGUCACGGAAGCCACGGAUGUUCAAGGCCGACCGUGGUCGAGCAUACAUUGUUAGCGGAAAACAGGAUAGUGAAUGGAAAAAUGGAAAUCCUCAUGGUCAAUCAUCGUCUUAAUAAAUACACAUUUGAAAGAAAA